AUGCUCCUUCACGAAGACCACGAUGCUUCAUCACCAUCCAGAAACUCCUCCCCUGAUGUCGUCCUUAUGGUGUCCAAUCCAGACAUCGGACGAGUGGAUAGAGGAACCAGUCCUCACCCAAGCAAUGCUGGACGAAUUGAUAGAGGAACCAGCCCUCACCAUCCAGAGCCCGCCGUCGUCACCCUCACUCCACACCUCAAUAACUUCUCAGAUGACGACGCCGAGGACUACGCCAAGUUCAAAGAAAGGGAAAGAACUCACCGACCAAACCCACCGGGCUCUGACGAAGUACCAAUGGGAGUUCCACCUCCUGCUACAAUCGCGGCGAACGUUGGAGCUGCAGGUCCCUCGGGACUACGAGCAAGAACAGCAGCUCAACUCCCAAGCCAUGGAGAAAUUAACUCGAUACCAAUUAUACAGGGAGCUACACCUCCGCCAGUACCAACUGGUGGACAGAUUCCCCGCUCCAUGGGAAGAACUACCCUUGAUACAAAUCCUCACGCUGGAGAAUUGGAGCGACACGCGGACGCGCUCCUCCAGCGAAGCACUAUCUCCGUGGGCAACCCGGGAAUGAGCAUAGCGACAUACCUCGACGACUGGCUAGUGCCAGUCUCCAGAUCAGAGGACUCGCCCUCCAAACAGACCCUGACACCGCCUCUUGGUAUGAACAUAACGACGGACGACCACGAGCUCUCCUCAUCUAUCCCGACGAAUUCUCCCAGUAUGUCAACAGAGAGCUCCUUCCAGCUCUCCUCUUCACCGGAGAACUGGGCGCCGUCCAACCAAGUAGGACCGACCCUUUCCGCGUUGUCGUCUGGAAUGUACCACGUCCCGGAGAACGUCCCACGGCUGUACCAAAUCCAAGAAGGGCUCCGCGCACGGUCGUGGAACGCCCUCCACCGAGGCCACGGGAAAGUCGCCCAACACAUAGCAAUCCCACGACGUCCCCCUCUCACCGGGUACGAAAUCUUCCCUUAUCCCAUGGGGGCACCGACGAGGAGGAACCGCCCGUCUAUCGAAGAAACGAGGGAAGAAGAAGUCGAGGAACCCAGGCAACCCUCCGCCGCGGAACAACUACUGGCGGGAGUGUUCGACACCGGCCUGGAACGCCUCCUCCUAGUGCUCGAUUUCGUACAGACGAGGGACAGAAUAACCGAAGUAGCCGCAGAACUCGCCGCGCUGAUUCGGAGGCUAGAAGAAAUCGCUCUUGGACUCGAUCCGAGCUCGAUGCAUGGGAUGCUUUAG